AUGCCUCUCCCUACCGGCGUCUACCGCUCCGAUCAAGUCGGUUCCUUGUUACGGCCCAGGGACCUUCUCAAGGCCCGUGACGAGGCCGAAGAGGGUAAGAUCACAGCCGCGCAGCUGCGGGAACUAGAGGAUAAAUACAUUGCGGAUGUGGUACGGAAACAACAGGAAGUCGGCCUCCGCGCCGUGACGGAUGGCGAAUUCCGCCGUCGGUGGUUCCACGUAGACUUCUUGAAGCACCUGGCAGGCGUCGAGCAGCGCGGCGCCAUGCAGUCGACAAACGUCAGCAUCGGCGGGACCAUGCCCCCAAGGCUCGUCGUCGUUGACAAGAUCUCGCACCCGGCCUCCAUCCAGGUCGACGACUUCAACUUCCUCGAGUCGCACAUCGACAAGAGCAAGGCGACGACCAAGGUGUGCAUACCGUCGCCCACAAUGAUACACUUCCGGAACAGCCGCGACACCAUCGACGAGAAGGCCUACCCGACCCUGGAGCCGUUCUUCGCGGACCUCGCGCGCGUGUUCCAGGAGGAGCUCGACGAUCUGUACAAGGCCGGGUGCCGCUUCGUGCAACUCGACGACACGAACCUCGCGUAUCUCUGCGACCCGAAGAUGCGCGCCGAGGCCGAGCAGCGUCACGGCGACGCCAACGUGCUGGCGCGACAGUACGCUUCGCUUAUCAACGCUGCCAUCUCCAAGCGGCCUAAAGACAUGACCAUCGGCAUCCAUCUGUGUCGCGGAAACCACCGGUCGCAGUGGUUCGCGCAGGGCGGUUACGAGCCCGUUGCCGAGGUGUUGUUCAAGGAGCUUGAUGUCGAUGUGUAUUUCCUCGAGUACGACGAUGCGCGGUCGGGCGAUUUCUCGCCUCUGCGACAUCUCCCGCCCCAGAAGAUCGUGGUCCUUGGCGUCAUGUCCAGCAAGACCGCGGCGCUCGACGACCGCGCCCAGGUCAUCAGUCGACUACGCGAGGCUGCCACAUUCUGCCCCGGCGGUCUAGACCAGCUAUGCCUGAGCCACCAGUGUGGGUUUAGCUCUACUUCUGAGGGCAACGAUCUCUCGGAAGAAGAGCAGUGGGCUAAGCUCCGGCUUCAGGCUGAAAUCGCAAAGGAAGUUUGGGGGGACGCCUAA